UGCAGGGAUUGGUUCUCAGUUUGCUGUCACCGAGGAGACCGGGCAUCGGCAGCCAAGAUCACCAGCCAGCGGAUCUCAGGGCACCGAGGGCAGCGGGCAUGGAGCCGUGAGGGGCCCGGACAUUAGCGGAGUGAGCGGGGAUAUUACACAGCGCUCCGCAGCCGGGCAUGGCCAGUUCGGAUACCUAAGGGAGCUCGGGAUUGGGUUCGGAUAUUGCUCGGGAAAAGUUCGGCUAAGCUUGGAUCCCUGGUGAAGCGGCGGGAGCGGAUGGAGGGUCCCUGGCAACUGCUCGGGCUCCUGCUCGCCGUGUGCAGGGUGUGCUCGGUGCUCAGCAAGAGCCUGGAGCCGGUCACAUGGAACUCACAGAACCCGCGGUUUUUAUCUGGAAAAGGCCUGGUUAUUUAUCCACAGAUUGGCGACCGUCUGGACAUAAUCUGCCCCAAGGGGGAGCAAUCACGGCCCUACGAAUACUACAAGCUGUACAUGGUCCGCAAAGAUCAGGCAGAAUCCUGCAGCACAGUUAUGGACCCUAAUGUGUUAGUAACCUGUAACCAGCCAGAAAAGGAGUUCCGGUUUACCAUAAAGUUUCAGGAAUUCAGCCCCAACUACAUGGGCCUGGAGUUCAAGAAACACCACGAUUACUACAUUACAUCCACAUCCAAUGGCACUCUCCAGGGUAUAGAAAAUCGAGAGGGGGGCGUCUGCAGCACACGAUCUAUGAAGAUUAUCAUGAAGGUCGAACAAGAUCCCAAUGCAGUUUUGCCAGAACAUCUGACUACUAGUAAACCUAGCAAAGAGCAAGAUAAUACUGGAAAAUUAGCAACUUCGGGACCUUGGAUUCAUAUAGAAGACCAUGCCAAACAAGGUGAAAAUGCUGGGAAUACUGGAGAUGGAGUUGACAAUUUCUUCAAUUCAAAAAUCGCUGUGUUUGCUGCAAUUGGAGCUGGCUGUGUAAUCUUCAUCCUUAUCAUAAUUUUUCUGAUUGUCCUGCUCAUCAAGAUCCGAAAACGUCAUCGUAAGCAUACACAACAGCGGUCAGCAGCGCUCUCACUUAGCACAUUGGCCAGCCCAAAGUGUAGUGGCAAUGCAGGCUCCGAGCCCAGUGACAUCAUCAUCCCGCUGCGGACUACAGAGAACAAUUACUGCCCACAUUAUGAGAAAGUCAGUGGGGACUAUGGGCAUCCUGUGUACAUUGUUCAGGAGAUGCCCCCACAAAGCCCUGCAAACAUUUACUACAAGGUCUGAGGAGGGCCCACAAAUAAAACCUUGCUCCCCAUCUGUGGGAUAAGCCAAUCCAUCACCAGGAGCACAGGCCAAAGGUCACUCUGCAUUAAAGGACUCUGGGAGACGGAGCAAUAAGACUAACUUUCCCUAUGUUAGGUAUUUUUAUAUAGUUUGUCCUUUUUAUUAUGCUCCCUAUCCUCUCCAAGGUAGGGUGGGAUAAUCUGCUCCUGUCUGUACUUUGCACACAUGCAGUGUUUUUAACCCUUACUUGACAUGGAAGUGACUGGAGCAGUCAGGACUCAACCGUGGAAUUUACCUUGUUGGGACACAAGUACCUGAGUGAGAAUUACUGAUGCAAUUCAAUUGUGCAUUGAAAAAGUGCCCUGCAUGGUGUCCGAAGGGUUUGGCAAAGCCACCUGGUUCUUGGAGUUAGUAUCCUAGUCUUGAGCGGUGUCUCCUAGUCUUGAGCAGUUUUUCUCCAGUUCCUUGUCAAAAGACCAAUCUAAUGGUAGUUUUUUGGGUUUUUUAGGGCACAGAUGGGAGCUGCAGCCAUGUUCAGCACUCUGGCACACUGCAUUUGCUCUCUUAUGUGUUUUCAGAGUGCUGUCACUUGGUGUGUCUCAACCACACACCCUAAAACGGAAAUCUGGGCCUGUGUAGUUCCUAUACUGUUUCUGUGCAGGCGGACAAAAAGAGUGAGCGCUAAGUAUUUCUAUACUGUACUACACACACUACCUGUGCACUGGUAUACACACCACACAUGCUACCUGUGCACUUAUAUGCACUUAAUUGCACACUUGUGUUUAAUAUGACUGUAUUUCAAUCAACGCCCUGUCCAAUGUGGUGAGAAAAGGACCCAAUUAAUGGUGGAUACAACACCCUGAGUGUUACUGGGUCCUGGGACUAGAUCCUGCCUAAUAGCUGAAACUUUUGCCUUGAUACCUAAAGCAUAAAGAUUAGACUUAAAGGCAAGAACCACUCAGGCUGUUGUCUCCACACAUAUUGUGUUGAUUCUGAAUCAAACAUGUCAUUAGAUGCAGUAACUUAGAACUAAAAAGCAUUGCGUGGAGUAACAAUGACCUUAAUAUUGACUGGUGUGACCUCCGUAUACAAUGUUCAAUGUAGGAGUGACAGGAGAAUGUUUUGGAUGCUAACCAAUGUGGCGGUGGUUGCAUUCACCUGACCAGCUUUUAUCCCUAUUGGUUAUACAUUUUUUUAGAGAUGCUGGUGAUAUUUAAACCUAUAUUCCAUAACUGUAGGAAGUAAAGGAAGAGUGGUGAGGGUGUGUUCUGAUUUUUGAUCACAUAAUGUUUAAAUCUUUCAGUCGUUUUUGUUCCUGAUGAGCCAGCCCACUUUUCUACUUUUUUCAAAAUAAUAAUAAUUAUAACCUUGACCGGAAAAAAGUUUCAGGUGAAAGCAGUCUCCAUGAUGGUGCUUGUCACACAUCCGUGUUGACUCAGGGAUCUGUACGGUGUUGGCCAUCACAUCAUGUGAUGGCAUAUCUUGUGUGACCGCUUUGGUAAAGCUCUCUCUCAUUUGGUUAUUUAGCGACCCUGUGUCCCCUGUCUUGUCAGCUAUAUAUAACAAAUAUGCUGGUGUUCACCCAAUGUGAUUCAUCAUGAGUGAACAUUUGUUAUAUGCAUUUAUUUUAACAUUUGGUGUGUCACACAUGGUGCUGAGCUACAUCCUGCAAGACAGGCCUAAGUUAUACUAGUCUGAGCCAUUGCAGCCUCCCCAAACCUGGUGUCCAAGUCUUUCCAGCAUAUGGCUCCUCUCUUGUAGAAAUGCUGUAGAUCUAAAGUAGGGGUUGGGAAUCCUUCAGCCCUCAAGAUAUUUUGGACUACAUCUCCUAUAAUGCUCUUACAGCCAUAAUGCUGGCAAAGCAUCGUGAGAGAUGUAGUCCACAACAUCUGGAGGGCUGAAGGUUCCCCACCCCUGAUAUAAAGUAAAAUCCCUCAUACAUACUUUUUUUGCCAUGGUCUAUAUAAAUAUAUAUACAUGUAUCAUGAGUGACACUGGUGGUUAUAGUGACUAGGUCUUGCUCUUAAAUCAUGCAGUUGGCCUUUUCUGUCUCGCUUGUGAGCGGGGGAAGACAUCAGAUAAUGUAUACAGUUAUGCCACCAUGUUUUGUGUACACGAUUUGUCUGUUGCUUGUGAGUCCAGAUGCCAACCCAGCAUGUUCUGUAUUGCAGUGGUGUGGGCAGCAACUAUGAACAAGAUGAAGGGGACGAUCCUUAGCUGCUAAUGUACACCAACAUAGAAGGUUCUAUAAACUUCACUGACCAUAUUCGUGCACAUAGAUGAUCUCACAACAAUUUUACACAUUUUCCCCCCUAUUGUGUGUGUUUUCGCUCCAUAUUAUAACCGUUAUACAUCCCUUUCCUGCCUUCUUUGUCCAUAAAGGUUUUUAAUUUUUUCUCAGUAGUGCACAUCUCACACAUUUAAUAUUAAGUCUUAUCCCUUGCAUUUCAUUUAAACCCUUUUGCUGCGUUUUUGAUAGCAGGGGGGCAUGGUCUUGCCCUAUUCAUGGUCUUGGGGGCAACCUUUGCAACUCUUAAAGGGAAUUUGGAUGCCUGCCCACUGCCUUAUACCUUGGUGUUUUGUACACCCUAUUGCACACACACAACUUUUCUAUCACAUUGUAUGCAGGCACACGCACAUGCUUGUUCUGUCCUCCUUACUGGAACACACCCUAUAAUUUAUUUUGUGGUAGCAUUUCCUUCACUUUUUUUUUUUUUUUUUUGCUUAAGCUGCGGCAGCCAAGUUGAGGCAUGUGCUGCAUUUUUAAAUUCCUUGCUCCGUACUGAUCAAUUAAAGCCUGCAGCAUAAAUGCAGUUAUAGAAAAAGCCUAAAACUAUAAAAUUCUAGCACAAUACUCCUUACACCUUUUUAAAAGGGACCCAAAAAUUACAAAGAUGCCAUUAGAUCGGCAACCUAACUUCGAAAUAACUGUUGACCUGUAACCUGUUCUUCACGGGUAAUAGUGAUUACUAUUAAAAUACAUUCUCAAAAUAGGUCUUCAAUGCAUUGUAUUAAAUAAAUUCUGGUGUUGCCUAUAGCCUGUGCAAAUUGGGACUGUUUUGGGUCCUGAGCUGGGGUUAAGAAGCCCUGUUGCAACAUUUAUAUCAGAUUCACACAAAUUGUAGAAUUAGUGUGGUGUACAGUCACAUUAAAAAAUACAGUGGGGUCCCCUGCCUUUAGACUCUGCAAAGGGCAGUGUGCCCAAAUUAGUUUCAAUGAACUUUUUGAUAUUGAUCCAUGCUAGGAAAGAACACAGGUAUGUUUCAUCUUGAAGUGUGCAAGUAGUGACUAAGGACACAUGUAGCUGUGGUGGUCCAUGUUGACAGCCUUUUUACCUAUUCUACCUUUCUUGCUAGUAGUACCCUCCGAAGACCUCUAUAUAGCCCUUGGCAGCUCCUAUUCCCGCUUCACGUUCUAUGCAGAGUUAUAUCUGGUAUCCUUUUGUAUUGAGGCAGAUUAAGGGCUUCUGCACUCGGAGGCAGCAGCUGUCUGUCUGCCGGAGAGGGGCUUUGAGACAUUUAGUCUCUUGUGACAAGGACAAAGGCCUUAAAAUAGAAUUUUAAAAGCACCACCAUUCACAUCCUAUAUUUGCAUCAACCACUGUUCGAUGCUGAUGCUCUAGAUUUUAUUUAAUUUCUUUAUUAAUUAUUACACCGAGAUUGUCUUCUGAUUUCAGAACAGAUUAAGGUGCAAACUUUUUUUUUUUUUUUUUAUCAUAAAAACAAAUUACUCGGAUGUACUGCAUUUUAUAUACUCUUUUUAAACUCUUUAGACACAUCUUUCUUUAAGUACCAAGCUGCAGAUUCUUUUUUUUUUGCAGAUUGUAAACACUUUAUCACUUCGAACAGUGAAGAUAUGUAUGUUUCACCUCCUUU